UUUGGCAGAAUUUCAUUUUCAUUAUACAAACCACAUAAAGUGAAGCUCAAAUCUCAAGUGCUAAGCCUCUGAGAAGAUGGUGGUUUUCACCUGACCGACAACUUAGAAUGGGGGGGGGGGCGGCGAAUUGGUAGUGCUUAUUAUUAGGACACGAGUUAAAAUGAAGUUAGGAAAACGUGGCUGUGGCCAUCACUAAUUAGUUGAAGACACCAGCGUUUGUCUGGGUCACGCAGGGGUUGUGCCUAGGGAGGGGCACAAAAGGGUAACACUAGGGGAGAGGAUGGGUUUGGGGAGCGGCAGCGAUGGGAAGGAUCGCGCAGGGAGGGGGAAAGCGGGCGCCAAGUCUCCCCGGGGGCCGACCGUGGGUGGCCCUGAGCCAGGGUGCCGCGGGGUGGGGGGGGCGGGGGGACGAGCUUCCAGAGGAGGAAGCAGCAUCCGGGCUACAAUGUCCGGUGCGACCCGAGGGGCCAGACCGAGAGCAGUAAUUCCCCCCCGGUAUAAGGAGCGCGGGGCGCCCGCCCCAGGUGAGUUAACACCCGGCGCUUAGAGGCGGAACCCGAAGGGCGAGGGGCCGCGGGCUCCUCCCCCGGCGCCUCCACUAUCUGGGGCAGGACGCGGCGGCCGAGGCGCCGGACCUCAGGACCUACGGGCUGCAGGACUACCGUCCGCUGGCCGCUUCUCUCCCACCGUCCUCCCUGCAGGUUCCCGGUACCAGACCCUCGGUCUCCGACCGCGGAGAAGCCGGCGCGGCGAGCACAGAAACAAAACCCAAGAAUGCCUCAUUCCACAAACAAAGAACUGAUACUUGGCAUCAUGGUGGGAACUACUGGAAUCAGCUUGCUUCUUCUGUGGUACCGUAAGGUUCGCAAUCCCAGGACAGCAAUGAAUUUACCUAAAUUUCUUUCUCUGGGUAAUGCGUUUGGUUCAGCGACUUUGCAAGAUGAAAUGCAUAAUGGCCAAGGAACAGCAGCGAUCUUUCAAGGAAGGCAACUUCAGAUAUUGGAGAAGUUAAACGAGUUACUGACAAAUAUGGAAGAACUCAAAGAGGAAAUCAGAAUUCUUAAAGAAACCAUUCCAAAGCUGGAGGAAUAUGUACACGGUGAACUUGGAAGGAAGACAGCUGCUCACAGGAUUAGUCCUCAGCACAGAGCUAGGAAAAGAAGGCUUGCCACAGCUCAAAGUUCGGGAACCAGUAAUAGUUCAGAGGAAGCGGAAAGUGAAGGAGGGUAUAUUACAGCUAACACUGACACAGAAGAACAGAGUUUCCCAGUCCUCCAAGCACUGAACACACACACUGAGGAACUAAACUUGGAUGUCCUUCUGCAGAAGGCGGAUCAUUUACGCAUGAACGAGUUCAGCAAGAUGGAGAGUUUUGAAUUACUUUGCGACCACAAAGAAAAGUUCAGAGAUGAAAUAGAGUUUAUUUGGCGGUUUGCUCGUGCUUAUGGAGACAUGUAUGAAAUAUCUACAAACACACAAGAAAAGAAACAUUAUGCUAACAUUGGAAAGACAUUAGGUGAGAAAGCUAUAACUAGAGCACCCAUGAAUGGACAUUGUCAUCUGUGGUACGCGGUUUUGUGUGGCUAUGUAUCUGAGUUUGAGGGUUUACAAAACAAAAUCAACUAUGGACAUCAAUUCAAGGAACAUCUAGAUAAAGCAAUCCAAUUAUUACCUGAAGAACCCUUUUUGUAUUACCUCAAGGGAAGAUACUGUUACACUGUCUCAAAACUGACCUGGAUUGAGAAAAAAAUGGCUGCUACUCUAUUUGGAAAAAUACCGUCCUCAACUGUACAAGAAGCUUUACAAAAUUUCCUUAAGGUUGAAGAUCUGUGCCCUGGUUUUUCUAAGAUCAAUUACAUGUUCCUUGCCAAGUGUUCUAUGGACCUUAAGCAAACAGAGGAUGCCGUGAAGUUCUGUGAUCUGGCGAUGCUGCUUCCCUCUGUUACCAGAGAGGAUAAAGAUGCAGAGGAUGAGGUGAAAAAAAUAAGCUCUACCUUGAAGAGGUAAAUAAAAGAACAUACUCGUCAAUGAAUCAGAUGUGGGCUACUAAAUUUUAAACUCAUUAAAGUUGUGAUUUUUGUUAUCCUUUUCUCCCUGUAUGGGUAAUGUGCUCAGAUUUGAAGGUGAAACCCCGUUUCUGCAGAGUGCAUUCACUAGCCGCCCUACAAAACUAAUCAUGCUAUUUGGAGAAGUCUUUUUCCUAUAAUGUCAGUACAAAAUGUUCUUUAAACAUGUAUGCUUUAUAUUUUUCCUAUCGAUAAACUACCAUACUCUUCAGAAUAUUUCUUUAAAUAAAAUACUUAAAUCAAUCCAAUAAAAUAAA